GCCAGAGAAGAGGCAUACCCGCUGGGGCGUAGGUCUGGGACCCCUGUCCGCCCUGGCGCGACCUCAGGACUCCCCGUGUCCCCUCCGUGACCCCCGCGGCCCGGGCCGCUCUUUGCAUCGUCUUGCCCACAGAUGGCCUCGGCCAGGUCCGAGGGCCUGGAUGCGACGUUGGGGCAGCCCCUACUCUUACGCCCCACUGCGGCGGCCACCGGUGCAGGGCAUGCCCGGGGGCCGUGGAGGUGGGGGAAAGAGGCGCAAGUCGCGUUUUAACUCCGCCCCUGUCCCCCAAGGCCGCGCCUCGCAGCCUGGGCUGCAAACUUUAGCGUCCCUUAAGUUACAGAUGUGCGUGGGGCUCCGUGAGGAGGUGGGCGAAGAGAAAGGCUCUGAGUAAAUAGGCGAGGCCCGGGAUGAGCAGGGGCUGGAAUCCGAAAGUGGGAGGCGGCGGCCCCCGACCUACCAUAGUCCACCCGCUGCCUGCUAGCACCGAAGUUUAGCCUAGGACUGGGGCCGUUUAAGGGCCCGGCCCUCCGCCGCCUCGCACGUGAGCGUCACCAGGAAGCCGGCUGGGCGCAACCUUCCCUGACGCUCGCCGGCACCGGCCGCACGCGUCCAUGCCGGGCCUCUGAGCGGAGGGGAAACCGAGGCUAGAGGGAGGGCGCAGUCUGCCCAAGGUCGGCGGCAGCGGCAGUUUCUGAGCGCCAAGUGUGGUUGGAGCCCUCCAGGAAGAGGGGCGUGACCAGAGCUCCAGUGAAGAGCCCUGACCUUCUGCCUUGAGGUGCAGUGUAGGGGGUCCAGAGCCAUGUCGGACCUGCUACUACUGGGCCUGAUUGGGGGCCUGACUCUCUUACUACUGCUGACGCUGCUGGCCUUUGCCGGGUACUCAGGGCUGCUGGCUGGGGUGGCAGUGAGUGCUGGGUCACCCCCCAUCCGCAACGUCACUGUGGCCUACAAGUUCCACAUGGGGCCCUAUGGUGAGACUGGGCGGCUUUUCACCGAGAGCUGCAGCAUCUCUCCCAAGCUCCGCUCCAUCGCUGUCUACUAUGACAACCCCCACAUGGUGCCCCCUGAUAAGUGCCGAUGUGCCGUGGGCAGCAUCCUGAGUGAAGGUGAGGAAUCGCCCUCCCCUGAACUCAUUGACCUCUACCAGAAAUUUGGCUUCAAGGUGUUCUCCUUCCCGGCACCCAGCCACGUGGUGACAGCCACCUUCCCCUACACCACCAUCCUGUCCAUCUGGCUGGCUACCCGCCGUGUCCAUCCUGCCUUGGACACCUACAUCAAGGCACGGAAGCUGUGUGCCUAUCCUCGGCUGGAGAUCUACCAGGAAGACCAGAUCCAUUUCAUGUGCCCACUGGCACGGCAGGGAGACUUCUAUGUGCCUGAGGUGAAGGAGACAGAGCGGAAAUGGCGGGGGCUUGUGGAGGCCAGUGACACCCAGGUGGAUGGCACAGGAGCUGACACAAUGAGUGACACGAGUUCUGUAAGCUUGGAGGUGAGCCCUGGCAGCCGGGAGACUUCAGUUGCUACACUGUCACCUGGGGCGAGCAGCCGUGGCUGGGAUGAUGGUGACACCCGCAGCGAGCACAGCUACAGCGAGUCAGGUGCCAGCGGCUCCUCUUUUGAGGAGCUGGACCUGGAGGGUGAGGGGCCCUUAGGGGAGUCACGGCUGGACCCUGAGACUGAGCCCCUGGGGACUACCAAGUGGCCCUGGGAGCCCAGUGCUCCUGAGAAGGGCAAGGAGUAACCCGUGACCUGCACCCUCCUGCAGUGCAGUUGCUGAGGAACUGAGCAGACUCUCCAGCAGACUCUCCAGCCUUCUUCUUCCUUUAGGGGAGGAGGGGUUCCUGAGGGACCUGACUUCCCCUGCUCCAGGCCUCUUGCUACGCCUUCUCCUCACUGCCCUUUAGGCUCCCAGGGCCAAAGGAGCCAGGGACUAUUUUCUGCAUCAGCCCUCAGGGCUGCCGCCCCUGUUGUGUCUUUUUUUCAGACUCACGUCGGAGCUUCCAGGACCCAUAAUAAAGCCAAUGAUUUACUUGUUUCACCUGGA